ACCCUCUUUUAUUGAAAACCACGUUGACUCCAGACUAGAGUAGACACAUUCUAUGUCCUCUAAGAUCUCCGUAGAAACUUUAUCUUCAAUUAAUCCCUCUUUUCUUGAAUUGUCAGCAAAAACAUUUGAUCAUUGUAAAGUUUGCUUUAAUCGACGUUUUCCGAAUUGCAAUUUAGGGUUACUGUCGAAUAUCAGCCCUCAAUUAUGGAAACUAGGGAUGCAGUAGUGGAAAUCGAGAGUUUAGAAGAGGGAUUAUUAGCCUCACAGAGUAAAGAAAACGGCGAUUUUCUGGAGAACGGAGAAGAAUCAACGGUAAUUUACACGGCGUCGUUUCAGGAAAUGGAGGAGAAUUUCAUCAAGUACCAAACAUUGGUAUGGGUAUUGUAUUCAUUGCUGUUCUUAUUAGCGUGGGGAGCUGGGGUGUUGAUGCUGUUGUAUUUGCCUGUUCGAAGAUUCAUAUUGCAUAAAGAUUUUCGGUCUCGAAAGCUUUAUGUUACCCGUGAUGCUAUUGUUUAUAAGGUCACAAGACCAGUAGCGUUCCCUUGUUUUGGUGUAUUGAAGAAGGAGAAAUAUGUGUUGUUACCGACUGUAAAAGAUAUUGUGAUUGAGCAAGGUUAUUUGCAGUCCUUCUUUGGUGUCUACUCUGUUAGAUUUGAGAAUUCUGGUGUUAGAAGACCGUAUAGUGAUGAUCUUCAAAUUCAAGGUAUUACAGAUCCAACAACUUUCAGAAAGGCUGUUUUAAUACAUAUCUCAAAUAUGAAGACUGAAGCUUUCUCUAGACAAGUCUCUGUACUUGAAAGAGCUCAAACUUCAAUGGGAGUCCAUCCACAAGUUUCUGGGGUGUGAAGUAAAUAACACACUGGGGCAGUCACCAUUCCUAAACCUUAGACAUUAUCAAGGAGCAAAAAAUAUGGCCAAUGCUUAUAUUGUGUCGUAGGCAACCAUUAUAGGCGAGAAGAGGGAGAGCGGAAAGGUGAGAGAUGGUCUAUUGAAGUGACGGUCAAACUUCUAUAAGGGAUACAAAGAACCAAUUUUGUCUUUACGAAGUUCAAAUGUCUCAGAGAGGAGGAAGCCCAAGGUAUCUCCGAAGCCAUCCAUAGUAAGGGUGUAUUCUAGAAGCACUGAUUGAUCCUCAAUAAUUUGUAGUAAACUGGGAUUGGAGCUAAUAUCUAAUACAGUGGUGGAAAGUGGAAAAUUUGGUGAAAGAAGGGGGAAUAUAAAGUUAAGAAAUUUAUCAUGUUCAAUCAAUUAUGGGGCAUCAAGUAACACAAGAGGAGGGUGUAGUAGAUUUGAUAGAUGAAGAUGAUUUCGUGGAAUGUGAGGGGAUGGGGAGAUGGGAGAAAAGGAAGAUAAGGAGUCUACUUAGAUUGUUGGGACGGGACAUAUUAAUGUGGGGUGAGGGUGGGGGGGAAUAUAUCAACACUGAUCGAUUGGUUAACAUGGCUAACUCUGUAGCUGUAUCAUUUCCUAUUACUUACCUAGGCCUUCCAAUUUGCAUCAGCCCUCACUCCAAUGUUUUUGGGCCUUGGUGAUAGAUAAAAUUUUGAGGAGAUUGGAUGAGUGGAAAAAGGCGAUGUUCUCUUUUGGAAGGAGGAUUUCGAUUGUUAAAUCAUGUUUGAACAAUAUUCUAUUUUUUGCUUGGAGAGGAUUAUGAGGGAUUUUCUUGGGAAGGAAUGGGGGGGUUCAAAAAGGGAAUUUGAUCAUAUGAGAUAAAAUCAAGCUUCUUGUUGAGCUAGCAGGGCUACGUGUAGGGGAUUUGAGGACAAAAAAUAUGUUAUUAAGGAAGUGGUUACAAACAUAUCCCAAACUCUUUGAGGCACACAAGUAUAUGAAACAAAUUUGGUUCAACUACAUCCUCUUGGGAAGCAAAAUCCAGUCUAACAUUUGCUUAUCUUACCCCCCUUUGAAGUCAAUUUCACAGUUACUUCCUUCCGUUUUAUUUUUUACUUCUUAAAAACUAGGGAGGAGUAAUAUUAUUAAGUUUGAGGAGGAUGUUUGGUUGGGGGCAUAAUCUUUCAAAGAACUUUUCCCUAGAUUAUAUCAUCUUUCAUCAAAACACAACUUGCUGAUUAUGUAAUUUUAUUUUUGAGAGGGGGGUAACAAUCAGAUUGCCUGGAAGAUCUUCCAGGCAUGAUCCAUUGGAGAGGGAUUUUCCGACGGUGGUUAAGCUAUAUUAGAUAUACUUCAAAAUUUUAGUCAUCAACUGAAUCUAAUUCAAGAAUUUGGAUCGCUGAUUCAUCAAAAUCCUUCUAUUGCGCUUCUUUUUAUGCAAACUUAGUUUCCCAUCCCCAUAAAUCUCGUUCUUUUUCUUUGGCUUAACGAAUCUGGUAAGUUAAGGUCCCCAAAAAGAUUAUUAGUUUUUUCGUUUAUUUUUUACCCUUUAUAGAACUAAAUUAUAUAAAUGUUCCACUUCAUAAACUAAUUAAUAAACAAGUGCGAGUUUGACCAUGGCGACAUCUGGAUUGUAUCGUUCGAAUAUCGUACGUUUGGGUUAGGUGUUGAGUAGGAGCAUCACUUGAUUAAGUGGUCUUCUACUUGGAUACUACUUCUUGGGUCUUAUAAUUUUGAGAUCUUUGGAAAACGUGAAUCAAUACGGGGAAUCUUAUUUAUGAUCCUUGGUGAUGCUUUAACUAGCUGGUUUUUUUAGUAAAAUGAAAGAUAGUCUUUUGUUCUUGCACGUGCUGCUUAAUUGGCAGUUUUGUUGUCGGGGGAGGAUGUAGAUCAGUAUUUCACGGACAAUGAGAAAGGCAACAUUGAUUUAGCAUUUGUGAUUGUGUUGGACAUAUCCUCGGUUCUUGUAAAUAAGCACUGGAGUACUUCUCCGGUCAUUGGGCAUAUUGUUUGUCCUCCAAAUUUGUUGAUAGAUCAAUUAGUGAAGUUACUCUAAUCGUCCCUACGCAUCUUCAUACCUCAAUAGGUAUACCAUCUGGCCCAAGCGCUUUAUGUAGCUUCAUUUUCUUCAAAGCCCUCUUCACCUCUGGCUUUUGUAUUUUUUAUUCACAUAAGUUCUAUAUUUUCACCCUUUUUGAUAGCUAUAUUUAAUUUAAUCACAAACAAAAUUACAAUGUGAAA